CAUUGAUGAACAAUCCGAAUAGACACUAUAAAUAAAGCAAUAAAGCAAAUUAAAUAAUUUGCAAUUGUUCGACUUUUGCAUAGAUUUAAAUAGUAAAUAGAAGCACAACUAUGACGUACGUUGUCAGAAUAACAGUCACGAGUUUACUUAUGAGCAUGGUGUGCAGCUCAGGACUUAUAAAUGUGCUGGAUAAAAAGAUAAACGGUAUUAAAGAUGCCAUGGAGUCAGAUAUUGCAUUACUUCGCCAUGAAAUGGGAAAUUUUUCCAGCCAGUUGGCACACCUCUUGCAUGGAACGGAUGGCUUUUCCAGUAAAGUUCAAAACUUCCGCCAAUGCGGAUGUGAAAAAGCCGAAACGGGACAGACAGGUGAUCAAUUUAGCUUUAACCAAGUUAUUAGAAAAGGUUUUUUGUCGGAGAAACAGUUACUGAAAACAGAAGUUGAAAGGAUACAAAGAAAUGUCAAUUUUACAAUCAAUAAUGUUGAUAGAAUGGAUCGGAGUCUUACAUCGCACAACGUCAAUCUUAUCGAAACGAAAUCACACGUUAAACGUAUUAAUGACAUAACAGUCGAUCAAAGUCGAGAAAUACUUGCAAUUAAAGGACAAAUGGAAAGUUUCAUGACAAGAAAGGGGUUUGAGUCUGAGAAAAAAUCACUGAACAAUGACGUGGAAAAGAUACACAGCUAUGUCAAUUCUACAAUGAAUGAUUUUGAUAGGAUGAACCGGAGUAUGGCAUCUUAUAAGGUAGAUAUCAGCGAAUCGAAAUCACACGUUAAACGUAUUGAUGACAUAACAGUCAUUCAAAGUCGUGAGAUACUUUCAAUGAACCAAGAAAUGAGUAGUUUCAUGACUAAAAUGGAUUCUCUGAAUGAAACAUUCAAACGCAGAUUAGAAGGAGUAGAGGGUCAAAUAUCGGCUUUGUAUGGUUUCGAUGCGAGAAUAAACAAAUUAGAUACAGAUUUUAACCGGAGAUUAGAAGGAGUAAAGCGUGGUGACACGUCGGCUCUGUCUGAUUGCGAGGCGAGGAUAAAUAAAUUAGAGGCAGAUUUUAACCGGAGAUUAGAAGGAGUAAAGCGUGACACAUCGGCUCUGCCUGAUUUCGAGGCGAGGAUAAAUAAAUUAGAGGCGGAUUUUAAUAAGCGCUCACGUUUUAAAGCAUUGAGCGCGUCUAGUUUGUUUGGCAUUCACGGUAAAAGUAUCUAUGUUCGCCCAAAUAACGCUACGGAUUACAACUCGGCAACUAAAUUCUGCUCUGAUAUCGGUGGGUACCUAGUAGAGAUCAACAGUGAGGAAGAAAACGCCUUCAUUAAGCAGACAUUUUUUACAACUAGAUAUACGGAAAUUUACCUUGGGGGCAGUGACGAAAUAACCGAGGGAAACUGGAAAUGGGUAUAUAGUGGAGAUCGUAUUCCGCUGCGGGAUCAGGGAGGAUUUCAGAAGUGGCAGGCAUGGGAACCGAAUAACGCAGGGCAACUUGAGCAUUGUGUGAUGAUGAGAAGAUUUGGAGAGUGGAAUGAUGUCGAGUGCAAUUUAAAAUUUGCGUAUGUUUGUGAGCGGUCCCUUAUCUAGAAAUCAUAAUAUCGUUUAAAACUGUAACUAAUUUAACUUAACAAACAAACACACAUAUAUAUUCAUAAAUAACUAGAACGUUUCUAGAUGAACUUGAUUGUAAAGAUUCCAGUUUGUUAAUUCAAACAUUAUGUAUGAACUUUUUUGGGAAAAUUGAUUGAUUAACUUUUGUGGUUUUAUGACCAUGUCUGACAUUUGAUGAAGAACGUGUACAUUUAGAAAUACUGUAUCGCCGGUACAUAAUAACACAAGCGGAGAACAAUUAGCCUAAUGGCUUUUUUCUCAGAGUGUCGUGUAACAAAGUGACACUGUUGUUCACAGUGAUGAUACAAACACUAGUCAAAACACAAUAUUCAACAUGUUAAAUUGUGUUGUUUUUUCAGACGUAUUUCUUGUUUUGAUAAUUUUACUGACCUAUAUACAAUUUUGUUUUUCAACUGUUUGCUGUAUAUUUAUAUAUGUAUAUAGCCGUAAUUGUGUACGUGUUGCUGACUGAGAUAUCGAUAUGUUAUAUAUAUAUAUAUGUAUUCAUUAAUUUUGAUAAAGACUCUUCAAAUCAAGAAAAGUCGAAUUCUCAUAUAUAACUUUUGAAGUAAAUAAAUCAAUAACAAACAAUAAAAUAACAUUUAUACUUUUCACUCAAAAUUUAGGCUAUUAACCAUGAAAAGUUUUACAACCAAUAUUUAUAGUCAAUGUUUUCACUGCUAAUGUGAAAUAUCAUAUCGCAUCAUUUAUUAAAUGUGGUGUAUUAAAAAAGUGUUGUUUAAUAAUAUCUGACGCAAGCAGGAGUUACCGACACCAAAACGGCUACAACAAUAAAUAUAUUCAUUGUUUUUAAUAAGGGUGGGCUGUUAAAAAAAUUACAAAAAACGAGUAUGCAUCGUCUGAUAUUAUUAAAAAAAAUAUUUAUCUUAUUUGGACUUCCAUCAUACAAAUAUUAAAAAAGAAAUAUACUACCGUGUACAAGUGGAUGCCAUUGUCGAACCAGUGCAUCACAACAAAUUAUGUAUCAAACAUUCAUUAACAGCCGAUUCUUAUGUUGAUGCGCAUUGUGCUUUACGAUAUGUUUGUUUUGUUUUAAUUUAGUCAACACAUUAGCUAACUCGUAGCAUUGGUUGAUGCGUACUCUUGUUUCACGCAUUAAUUUUAACAGUAGUCUAAAAGGAAUUCAGAUAGUGUUCGAUAUCUCAUAUUAUGUAUUUCAUAUCACACAAUUUCAAUACAAAUCGAAAUGAGGAUUACCUACGAGGUUUUAGAGAAAUAAAAUAAGUUUCAACUAUGCUGGUCCACCAUUUUGCCACAAAUGGCUAUGCAAUAUGAAAUCAUUUGAGUGUUGCUGUAUGUCAAUAAAAAAGAUGUAAUUUGGCGAAAUUUAGUUUUGUUUAAAUGUUUAUUUCCCUCAAAGCAUGUCGAAGCACAGAAAAUACUUUUUGCAAUUUAUUCCCAUUAAGGUAAACACGGCGAUCUUAUUAAUAUCCGUUCAACACAAAAGUAACAUUUUGCACAAGUGACUAGAAGCGCU